CGAAAAUAGAUUGCGUCGCGUACGCACUCAAGACGGUCUCCUGCAUCCAAGGAUCCGAUUAUAAACUUAAUUUAUUAAACUAACUUGUACCACCAUACUUCGGUUACAAUAUAGAUUAAAAAAUUAGGCAUUUAAUCAAACAUGCUAUUUUUAAUAUAGCGUCAUCCCUUUCUAAUGUAUUGUGACAGAGUGAAAUGGGAUAAGAUCAUAGAUUAAUUAAUUUGUGUAUUGAAGUGUUUGUUUGUAAGUGACAAUGUGGUUGGUUUUGUGUUUGUGUUUGCUGCCUUUGCGCUCUGCUUAUGGCUCGUUGGGAGAGCAAAUGUCAGAGAUCACCCAGCUGUGCUGCAACCAGGGCACGACGUACGCCAGGAACCACUCCUCCGAAGACUGUUCCUCCUCCAUACCACCAGAUGUGCCGACCACCUUCGGUACACUUUGCAUCUUUGCCAUGGACCAAUGUUGCAAGGAAUACUUUACAAAGAAGGUAGACUGCGAAGCUGGAAUCGAUCUGGCGACCAGUUCAAAGUCUUGUGGCUCAAUGAAAGAUACUGGUAAACGAUGCUGUGACCAGUGCACAUCAGGGCGUGCGGUGGGCAAGGCUCGAGGUGUUGGCGCGUGUUCAGCGUUGGUGCAGGGGCCCAGCGGUGAACAGCUGUUAGCUGGAGAUGCGUUCACUCAGUGUUGUAAGAAUGCAGUGGAAAAUGAAAGCAGGACACCGAGUCGAAACACAACAACUAUGUACAAGAAACUUUCGGAGUAUGAUCUAUCUCCAGCGGCGUCAGUGUGUGAAGACUACGCACCGAACGAACUGUGCGCUCACCACUGUAUCCCGAUCCCCGGCUCCUACAAGUGCGAGUGUAACCCAGGGUUCAUGUUGAUGGCCGACGGCAAGAACUGUAGGGAGGUGGAAAAGAACAGAUGCAAGCCUUACAACCCGUGCCAACACAAGUGUAACGACAACGGAGUGAAGGUGAAAUGCUCGUGUCGGAGAGGGUACCAGCUCAAGUCUGAUGGAAAGUCUUGUGAAGAUAUCGAUGAGUGUACCCUGGAAACCCCAGUCUGUCUCCAGAACACGCAGUGUGUCAACAUCGUUGGCUCCUACAAAUGUAUACCUUUAAAAAAUAGCAAAAACAAUGGAGAGAAAGGAAAAUGUCCGCCUGGUUUUGCGAAAAAUCAUGCCAACAACGCUUGUGAUGAUAUAAACGAAUGUAACCUACCCAACGCCCCGUGCCCGAGCUAUCUGUGUGAGAAUACAGUUGGAGGUUACAAAUGUGGGGGGAUUUCUGGUGACCCCAGCAACCUGGGGGGUAGACCCAAAGCUCCUGUUGAGGACAGAUGCCCCCCUGGCUUCAUUAGCGGCUACAAUGAAGAAUGCCAAGAUAUUGAUGAAUGCAGCACGGGCAAGGACGACUGCAACAAGAUGUCGCAGUUCUGCGUGAACACGCGCGGCUCCUUCUACUGCCAGGACAAAGCGUCCAAACACUGCCCGCCGGGGUUCAAAACCAACCCUGUCACUAACAAAUGUGAAGAUAUCAACGAAUGCGAAGACGGUCAAGACAUCUGCAGACCAGAUCAGAUCUGUGUCAAUGUACCAGGAGAAUACGACUGUAAACCAAAGGCCAAUGCUAGGUCGAGUGGUAAUCACGAUUGCCCAGAUGGAAUGAGGAGAAAUCAGGCAACCAAUUUAUGUGCAGACAUAGAUGAGUGUGUAGAAGGCACACAUCUGUGUGACCAACACCAGAAUUGCUUGAACACCAAUGGGAGCCACGAGUGUCACUGUAAACUGGGAUUUGAAUUAGACCCUAAGACUGGAGCUUGCACGGACAUCAACGAAUGCGCGACCGACAUGAACAACUGCAUACCGGAGACUCAGCGCUGCGAUAAUACCGUCGGCUCCUUCAUCUGCAUCCGGUUCAUAUCCUGCGGCACUGGCUACACUCUGCAACACUCUUCAAGCACUUGUGAAGAUAUCGACGAAUGUGCGCUGGGUAUCCACAACUGUGACAGAGCUGGCCCAGAGUACCAGUGCAUGAACAUACCGGGCUCCUUCCGAUGCCAGAAGCCUACCCCGCCUGCUUACGACUACUCGGACGAGUAUUAUGACGAGGAAGAAGAAGUUCCUAAUACAAACGAUAGCAAAAUAUUAACCACUACUACAUUAGCGCCUACAACAACUGAAACACCUAAAAGUACACCUAGAACAACACCUGCACCUACAACAACUCCUACUAUUCCAACGCCAGAAGAACCCAAAGAAAUAAUCCCAGAAAGACCAGAAGAUAAUUUUAUAGAUAAUAAUGAUCAUACAAACUUUAAUAAUGUACCUGAAAAACCUGAAUAUAAAACGGAACUAAACAAGAAUGUUUAUAAACCAGAACAACCAAGACAUCCUGAUUAUUCUUACCCAACUCAACCAACAGAGAAACUUCAACCACAAGAACCCAAUAAUUAUAAACCAACCGAAUCAAUAGAACCAAGUCAGCCAAAUAAUGAACGACCUCUACCAGAAGAACACAUUCACAAUGAACCAAGUCAGCCAAAUUAUAAACCAAAUCAACCAGAAGAACAUAUUCAUAAUGAACCAAGUCAACCAAAUUAUUAUGAACCAACUGAACCUAUUAGAACAGCCGAUCAAAUACCUCUAGAAAUUGACAAUAGCAUUCCAGUAAUAUAUCCUGGAACGGAUACAACGUAUUCCCCUAUUCCAGAGUAUUCUACGUCUCCUAAAUUCAUAAACAUAUAUGUUGGUCCUGACACAGCAAGUGUUAACGGAAAAAAGAAUGACGAUGGAUCCGUCUCAAUCGAUACAAAGGAUCUACCGAAAAAUGAGUGGACGAAGAUUAGAGAUAAGCCGAAUUGUCAGAAUGGUUUUGAAUUGGAUCAAUAUGGUGCUUGCUACGAUAUCGACGAGUGUGCCACAAAUCGCCACAGCUGUUCUGGUCUCACAGAACUGUGUCGCAACACAAUGGGUGGAUAUCUCUGCGACUGCGCGUUCGGUUUCCGGAGAGAUCUGUUGUCUAUGGCCUGUGCUCCUGUCACCACUUCAUCGUCGACUACAACCACUACCACAACAACUACUACAACUACGACACCGGCUCCGACAACUUCUAGAAUUAACUUUUGGAACUACAACAGCUACUUGAGGCCGACUCUGAGGCCUUUUAGGCCUCGGAGUCCUUGCGACGUUGGCUACCAGUUCAAUGAUGACAAUGGAAACUGUGAAGACGUAAACGAGUGUGCAAACGGUCAAGCGAACUGCGCGUUUGAAGAAGUAUGCGUAAAUACGGACGGCGGGUUCCGUUGCGAGUGUCCCCCGGACUGGCGGGUGGACCCGGACCGGCACCGGUGCGUGCCCGUUCGUGCCCGGCCCGACUGGGUCCCCUCCCACCCUGUAUAUCCUCUGGUGGACCCUAAUGAGAUCGUUCCAACUCCAAGAGGACCCAAGGUGGACCCUGAGCCGGAGAUCUCUCAGAUUGACGACGGAGAUGUGUUUGCGUGCCCCGGGGGCACCAGGCUCGGUGACGACAACACUUGCGAAGAUAUAGACGAGUGUGUCACAGGCGAGGCGCAGUGCGGGCCGCUGCAGAUCUGUACCAACCUGCAUGGAGGAUACACUUGCAGCUGUCCCGUCGGGCACCGGCUCAUCGGUGACCACCAGUGCGCGGACGUCAACGAGUGCGCGCUGGGCGGGAGUGUGCCAAUUUGCUCCGAAAACGCAGAAUGUGUGAACACUGUAGGAUCCUACCAAUGCCGCUGUCACGAAGGUUUUAAAUCAGCUCCAGUUAAUGACAAGGUGUGCGUGGACGUAGAUGAGUGUUCCGACUCGUACUUAGGGAAGCUCUGCCAGCAGCGGUGCAACAAUGUGUGGGGCGGCUAUCGCUGCUCCUGCCACAGAGGGUACAGACUCAACGCUGACAAUUUCACGUGUCACGACGUGGACGAGUGUACGCAGUUCAAGAACAAGAACCUGUGCGUGGGGCGCUGUCACAACGAGCCGGGCAGCUACCGGUGCUCCUGUCCCUCGGGGUACCGUCUGUCGGAGGACAACAGGAGUUGUAUUGAUAUCGACGAGUGCGAGACGGGCGACGCGCCGUGUUCCCACGGCAGCCAGUACCAGGGCUCCAGCGACGUGUGCCUCAACACGCGCGGCAGCUACCGGUGUCACAAGAUCACCUGCCCGCCCGGAUACCAGCUCGAGCAAAAACAUCGAUGCACAAAGAUCCAAAGGAACUGCCCACCGUCGGACUGGGAGUGCGCCCACCAACCCAGCACCUACUCAUACAACUUCAUCACCUUCGUGUCCAAUCUUUUUAUACCGGAGUCCAAAGUUGAUCUGUUCACCAUGCGAGGUCCAGCGUGGCCAGCCGCCACCAUGCGCUUCCAGCUGAGAGUGGUGACUGUAGACGCCCCGCCCACUGUCAGAGAGAAGGCGGACAUCAACUCCUUCUUAUUGGUCCAAACAGGAAACCAAGCGGUCGUGUCGCUAGUCAAGACCCUGCAAGGUCUACAGAGCAUAGAGCUGGAGUUGUCUAUGGAGCUGUACAGUCGCGGCCAGUUCGGAGGUAUAGCGGUGGCGAAGAUAUACAUACACGUGUCCGAAUUUGAAUUUUAGGUGCUUUAGAUUUUAGGUAAUAAAAUUUUGAAAUUUU